AUGUUGCUUCUCGGCGCUUUGUUAUUAUCGCUCGUUCAGAAUGCGGUGUCCCAACGACAUGACGCUGACCUCAUGUCCUUCGUGACGCUUCCCGAAGUACGCGCCCUGAAAUGGGAGGUCACCCACCACGAUCGUGAACGUGAGGCCCCCGGAUAUUGGUUCGUUGCGCCCUACGGACAGAUCUCCCCCGAGAACCCCACCCAGAAAUACCAGCAGUAUCAAGUUGGUCCGUAUAUUUAUGACAACGAUGGUGUCCUGGUUUGGGCUGGCCCGAGUCUAUACGAUAACCGCAAUGCCUUCGAUUUCCGCGCCAACCACAACAUGGAUGGCGAGCCACACCUUUCGUUUAUCGUCGCAUGGGAUAAUGAAAAUGGCGCUGACAGGGGACACGGUGUGAUUGUGGAUAAGCAUUACCAGGUGGAGCGAGAGGUUCGUCCCUUGAAGGAUGUGCACGACUUUAACAUGCACGAGUUCAACAUUUUGGACGGUGGAAAGACCGUCCUGGCCUGUGUUUAUCGUCAAGUCGAGGUGGAUCUGACGGACUUUGGUCGUCCCAACGAGAAGAGCUGGGUUGUGUCGGGCGGGUUUGCCGAGUUCGACAUCGAGACCAAUGAGCUUCUGACGCAGUGGAACAGUCUCGAUCACAUUGCCCUGCAUGAAUCCAACAUGUUUCAUGCAUGGGAUCAGCCUCUAGGUGCGCCUGGUUGGGACUACGUGCAUGCCAACGCGGUGGAUAAGAACUCGGCCGGCGACUAUAUCAUCUCGAUGCGGUUCACAAGCACAAUCUACGGUAUCUCUGGUGUCGAUGGGAGUAUUAUGUGGCGCCUUGGUGGUCUGGAGAGUGACUUCACCCAGGACUUCUCUUUCUCUAAGCAGCACGACGUGAAAUUCAUCUCGUCUAACGGCACCCACCAUGUGAUUUCGUUCUUGAACAAUGCCUCUGAUGAACGUGGUAAAGAUGAGACCGUGUCCUCGGUUCUCCACGUGGAGCUGGACACUGAAACGAUGAAUGCCCACGUGAUAAAGCGUAUCAACCGCCCCGAUGCUGGCCUGACCCGUCUCCGUGGAAGUGCUGAGGUUCUUCCCAACGGAAACAUCUUCAUCGGUUGGAGUGAACGAGGCUACCAGAGUGAGCAUGCCCCCAAUGGCGAUUUGUUGAUGACCGCCCGAUUCGCUUCGACUCGCUAUUCAACAUACCGCGCAUACAAAUCCGAGUUCACUGGCCGUCCUCUUACCCCGCCUGAUGUGGUGGCCUCGGUCUACGGAACCAGCAGCACCGAUAUCACUACCAUCUUCUACGUUAGUUGGAACGGUGCCACAGAUGUUGCUGGCUGGAACUUCUACGCCCAGGCCUACGACCGUGGUGACCCUGUUUUCAUUGGCCAUGCCAACAAGACUGACUUUGAAACCAUGUACAUUGUCGAUGGCUAUAUGGACUGGAUCACUGCUGAGGCGGUUGACCGUGAUGGCAACUCGAUGAUGAAGUCUCGUGUCAUUCGCAGCGAUAUUCCUAGUAACUGGAAGGCCGUCGGAUUCCUAGGUGAUCAGAGCCCCUCCCCGGAUGACCCAUCUAUCGUCUCUUCGAUUUACGAGCAGUCCAAGUCCAAAUCCACCGACACCGUAACCGACACCACUGAUACUACUGAAUCUACUGACAACACGGAUACAACUGUUAUCGAGGACAACACUGACACGGCUGAUACUACCGAUGAUACUACUGAGGAUACUAGCGAUGGCAUGGAUGGCAUGGACGGCAUGGAUAUGGACUCCAGCUCCGACUCCACCUCACCCUACCCUGACGCAAAGGAUGUUGCCAAGUCCGUGACCAAAGCCUACGAAGUCAUCCGCGGUGUAGGUGCACUCUUGAUCCUCAUCCUAGUCUCCUGCACCCUCGGAAUAGUUGGUUACGCCUUUUACGGCAUGUUCCAGCGCCGAAGCGGUCGUUCCUACCACCACAUCUCCUUGGAAGAAGAUCUCCCCACAGAAGAGAUCCACCUGCACUCCCAGGUCCACGAGUAA